AUGAACAGGAUCAAAGAGACGCUAGCCAGGAUAACCCGUGCCGCUCGAGGAUCGAAGGAGACAUCGUCGUCUUCUAGCCUGCGCCUGGAUCGUGUAGGUCGGUCGAGCAGUUCAACUUUAGACUCCCGCGAAAGGGAAAAGGUCCUGGUGCGUGCCGAUGGAAGAGGUCCCCUUAUCCUCUUCGACGGAACUCCAAAUGCCGAAGAGGGCCUCGACGUCGUCUUCGUCCAUGGACUGUUCGGCUCGCGCUCCGGUACCUGGACGAAGGGGGGUAUUUGUUACCCUCGCGACUUGCUCGGCCAUGACAUUCCAGGUGUCCGUAUCAUCGCAUGGGGAUGGAUGGGCGCUUUGAGCGGUAACGGCACCUUUAUCGACCAAGCAGAAAGCCUUUUAGCAGAUAUCGCACGGCUCCGUAGUGGGAUAUCGCGGCCCCUCAUUUUUAUAGGUCAUGGCCUGGGAGGACUCGUAAUCAAAGAAGCCUUGGUCACGGCUGCGAUGUCGCGAAUAUACGGUGCACAUGUCGAACUUGGCAACGUAUACCCGCGAACUAUCGGCUGUGUUUUUUUGGGUACACCUCACGUCAGAAGUGGAAAGCGAUCAUUGGGUGAAUGCAUCGCCGCAACAGCGCUCUUGUCGCCAUCUGCGCCAACCCCGCAACUCCUGCGAGCAUUCAAAGAAAAUGAUAAAGCCUUCGAGAAUUUGCAUGCAACAUUUCUUAUGGUUUCUAGAGAUAUAAGAGUCGUGUGUAUCAGAGAAAGGUUACCAUCGACGAUAGCAACCUCGAGCGAUCCUACCGAUGGGAUGGAAUUGGGCAAAUCAACGGUGCAGACGAUGGUCCCGAGAGAUUCGGCGGCUUACGAAGGCUUCAAUGUGACGAGGCAUGAUAUGGGAGUGUCUCAUCUGGACCUUGCGAGAUUCAAGAGUAGAGAUGAGGUGGGAUAUUCACAGAUGCUUUCCUGGAUCAUGAAGGCAUCAUCGGGCCCGACUCCGGCAGAAGCCGAGGCAAGAGAGCCCCGAAACCAAGAAAUUCUCAACUCUAUUUAUUAUGAUACCAUGAAUGAACGUGAAUCUCGGAUAGAUCCAGCUUAUGGCCAAACGUGCGAGUGGAUCCUGAACCCGAACCUCUCCGCAGUGCCUAGGCACUUCAGGUCCAAAGAUCCUGUUUUAUGGAUUAGUGGCAACGCCGGCUCUGGCAAGUCGACACUCAUGAAGUGCAUUGCGCGUUCUGAGACCGUGAGACAGCAGCUUCUCGAAGGCUGGGCAAGCGAAGGAGACUUACUCAUGGCUUGCUUCUUCAUGUUCGAAGGCGGUAACCGCAUUCAAAAAUCCUAUGAGGGCUUUCUACGUAGCGUCUUAUACCAGAUCUUGUCUGCGAGGCGAGACCUCAUUAGAAUUGCCUUCCCUAGCUUCUUCGAGGGCGAUUGGCCACCCCCGGUUUUAUUCACAAGUAUCAAUAAUCUUAAUCAGGCCUGGUACUCCAUCUUCGCUCACAUGUCUGACAACCUACGCCUCUUCAUUCUCAUCGAUGGGAUAGAUGAAUACCGCAUUAUGGAACGAAAGGAUCACUAUGAACCAGAUCAGCUCGAUAUCACUUACGACAGGGACACGGGCGACGAGGCUUGGGGACAAAGCAAAUGGGCUAAAGAUUCGCACGUGGAAAUAUCAAAACUCAUUAAUAGCAUGGGCAACAAGGACAACGUCAAAUUCAUCGUCUCGUCUCGUGAGCUCCCUAUUUUUGAGGAAGCUUUCGCCGAAUAUCCUAGGAUCAGACUGCAAGAGCACACCGAGAAGUCUAUAUCGCAGUACGUGGCAGGCCGACUCGAAGACGAGGCUCCAGGACUCCCGGAUACCAAGAAUCUCUGCAGGGAGCUAGCGCAAAAGAGCAACGGAGAUAUACUAUGGGCCAGGUUAGCAAUUGAUAUGGUAAUCGGUUGCAGCUUAAGAACGCUAAGGCCAAUGCUGAAUUCCCUUCCAACACAUCUUGGAGGACCUGACGGCUUGUAUAUGCGUAUGCUGGAGAAUCUGACUCUUGAGCAACAGCAGACUGCAUCCAGGAUCUUUCACCUUGUUCUAAGCGCGCAGCAGCCGCCCAGCUUAAUUACACUCUCGCUCGCUGCAGAGGGCUAUAUAAACCCUGCAACAGGACAACUUAGAGCUAUCGAAGACAAUCAGCAUCCUUACGAUAACGCCUCUCUUCAACUCUUGACCGACCACAUGACAAACCUCUUAGAAACCUCCUGCGCCGGCCUCCUUGUCGCAGAGACGGGGCCCUCCAAUAAUCCCAACUCUCUCGAGACCGGUCAGCGAGUGGUCUUCGUUCACCAGACCGCUAAGGAAUGGGUGCGUCGCAAAGACAUAUGGCUAAAGCUUCCGGGCUGCCAACCGGUUGCCAGCGUAGAGUAUUAUUUCAAGUGCCUCAGUGGGUGUGUAAGGCAUAUCAAAGCCUUUGAACUCAACCGGCCGGCCGUACUGGCCUGGCCAACCUGGCGAUUUCGACCUGGUGCCUGGCUACUGAUCGCAAACGCGCUGCGGUUCGCCGAGAAGGUCGAUAAAGAGGUUUCUGACGUGGACAAAUAUGUGGAUUUAUUGGAUGAGUUAGACAGCACAUGCCAGCGGAUAUGGGUUGCGGCGCUACAGCACCACAAGCCGCUUCACGAGGAUCCCGAUUGGUACGAUCACAGGCUACCCAGCAUGUGCCGGAAACACUGGGCAGGCUACGAACCGAUGGACGCCGGCAAGCCGCCUAAGCGAAAGGACCUCUUGUCGCUCGCCGUCCAAGCCAAUCUGAUACGGUACACCGCCACGAAGCUGAGCAGAUUAGAUCCGGAAGUCAGGAGAAAGAAGGCUCAAGACCUUCUGCCUUAUGUUGUCAGUCCCAAGGCCGAAGGCUUCAGCGCCUGCGCCGGCCUCAGCGGAGAGUACUUGGAUUUCCAUCACGAUAUGCCGGAUUCCCGUAUUCUAGACGUCCUGUUCGACGCCGGAGCAUCAGCACGAGACGACGACAAAGUGUGGACCAGGGCGCUAAAGACAGGACGGCACUACUUCUCGAGAGGAAGCGUGACGAUGACGCAUCUGCUGGAAACGUCGUCGAGCACGAGAUUGAUGGAUAACCGAGAAAGAUGGGUCACUGCCGUCAAGUCGCUACUUCAGCAUGGCGCUGAUCCGCACUCCGAGAUCCAGGUCACGACCGGCAGCGGCGAAAGCCAGUCCACGACGACGGUAGCCGCCGUUGAUCUGAUACGGGAAACAUUGGAAGGAGAGCCCGAGUACGCCAUAGAGCUAGUCGAAAUGGAGAUAUUGAUGGGUAGGAGAGGGAGCGUGGGAAUUGCCAGAUGA